CUACACGUCAGAAGGGGGCCUGUACUGGUGACUGGACGUGUGCAGCGCGCGUCAGAAGGUUCCCGGAUGCACCGAACAGAAACAUGGAACGGGUGGUGGUGGAAGUGCCGAUCAACAACGGUUUUUCCCUCUCUGGCCACUCCACAGCCCCACGGAAGCGCCAGGUGCGCUUUUCAGCGCGCCAUGACAUCAUCCUGCUGCGGGAGGUUAUCGGCCAGAACCCCUUUGCCUCCAAAGAGCCAGGGCGGAUCUGGGCUCGUGUGGGGGAGAUCAUCACUGAAGCGCUCCAAGAUGAAAGCUUUGAGGUGGAUGCCAGGAGGUGUAGGGAGAGGACCAUGCUGCUGCUGGACUACUACAAGAAACAAGACUUCCCCAGUCUACGCAGAUUUGGAACGGAGAGGUUGUACGCCCAAAAGGAAGACCUGCUCCACGAGGUUUUGGAGCUGGAGGCUGAGAAGGGGCUCCUGGCCAGCGGCGAGAACACAAAGUACCAGGAUGAUGAAUUGAGAAGGCGAGCCAUGGAAGAACUAACUCUACCAGAACAGGACAAACCCAACAUCACCAUCACACAAACCCCAGCAGCAGAACCAGAAGAUUGUCACGAAGAAAUGGUCGAGCUUUCAGCGGCGCCCACAGCCAAGAGGCCCUGCCAGUGCUGCUGCCAGACCUACUCUGAGAUCCUCAGCUUCCUGGAGAAACGCUCGGACGCCGAGCAACGGCUCCGAGAGGAGGAGCUCGCCCUGCGCCGGGAGGAGCUUGAGAUUCAAAGGAGUAAGAUCACUCUGGAGAGGGAACGUCUGGCAGCUGAGAGAAAAGAAAGGGAACAGAGAUUUGAGCUGGAGAGCCAAGAGAGGCAGGUCAUCUUGGACCUGCUCAAAGAAAAGGUGCUGAAAGGUUGAAGAGCUGCAUCACCUGUGUCUCAGGCCAUCUUCUAAAAGAAGUAAAUACAGGAAAUACGAGGGAAAAAAACAUAGUUGACCGCAUAAACAGGGAAGAGAACCAAGGAAACAGGAAGUGAAAAGAUAAAUGGCCAUUGCCAGGCCAUCGGAAACUAAACAUACAAAUGUAUGGCAGUGAAGUUAGGGUGUUCCACGUUCAUGCAGGCAUAUACUUUAUGUGGCUCGUGCACAAAGCACCAUGAAAUGACAUGAACUAGCAGACAGUGUUUAAAAGCUGCAAUUUGUGCAUAAACCAGCUGCACAUGGCUGACCCAUGUAGAUCCCAAAAGACAUUCCCUGACUUGUAAUCCUCAUGGCACGGUCUGCAUGAGAAUGUAAAAGCGCUGCAACUGCUGGAGAGUCCCCUCAGAGGUGGAAUGCACCAACGGGUGUGGUGCGCGGUGCUGUGUCUUCGGUGUGGCGGUCCCCCAAGCCAUUACUGGCAGACAGGAUCACCUCGUUUUCACGAGUCCUGUUCACACUGUAUUCCUUUCUGCUGCCGGUAUAAAACAUAUGGAGGAACAGCUAAAACAAAGCUGUUUGUUCAUGCAGUUCACAUCAAAGUUGUGAUGCAGCUCAAGUUUUUUUUUUUACUCUGUAGCGUUGCACAGUGAUGACUUUAAACAUGCUUUUUUUCAGCUCCUCCUUUUUUCAUUUGAAGACAUUUUUAUUAAAGUAGAAGUAAAACUAUAUUUUACUGACUGAAUCCACUGUACAUUCAUUGGCAGCCAUUUUUGUACUGCAAACAAUACAAGCCAUUUAGUGGCUGUCCACAUUAUAUAGAUCAUACAGAAACAACUUUUUAUUUCACCAAUGUCUUCAGUUUGAUUUGAUGUGAAGGUAAAGUGAACUGACAUUGGUUGCAUAUACAUGGAAUGUAUGACAGCAGAACCUUUUAUUACGUGUUGCACGGUUUUACUAGAUGACAGUUGCUAAUGGACCUCUGUAUAUUUUUCAUUAAAAAUGCUAUUUUUCUUCAAGUCCGCAUAAAUUAGCCUAUGUUGUAUAAAAUGAAAGCACCAAGAAUAAAACAUUAAAUGACAUGAAA